UAUUGGCUUGGAGGGCUUGUGGACGAAAUUAAAAAACGUUUCAACUGGUCUCUCGGCAGAUUGUUUGCUGCUGGCUUUUCAAUUAAUAUUGCUCUUAGUUGUGUGUUCCGAGUUCUGGCCCAUUAACAGUUGUAAGAUGGGGGACCAUGCUGAGUUCCAGAUCACCCCCGAGACUCCAGGCAGGCCCUCCAUUAGAAACCCCUUUGAAAGUCCAAAUGACUACCACCACCUCCGCGAACCGCUGGUGCCAAGUCCAUCUGUAUUCAAGUCCUUGCCUUGUAAAACUACUCCAUCUAAGUUUAACUGGUCUAUUGAUGAAAUGGCCAGUCUCCUACCAGUGCACAUAGACGCAGAGGAAAUCCAGCGACAAUCUUUUUAUUUCAGCCAGACAAGGAUGGAUUCUGACAUUGAGGAAAAACGUCAAAAUGCUAUUGAGCAGUUUUUCACCAAAGGAAUUAUUGUCCCUUCCCCCUGGGCGGCACCAGAGACUCGUAAAGCCCCUCAGAUUUCUAAGAAGAGUUCUAUGUCUGCAAUGAUUGCAGAGGAGCCAGAAAAAAAUUCAGUUGGAUGUCAGACAACCCUUACGUUGCCAUUGGCUUUUGAUUUGGAGAAAGUACUAGGUGAAUAUUGCCGUUAUGAAGAAGCAUGCGAUCCAGUGCAGGAGAGCCUUAGCAGCUCCUCCUUACGACGAAAACUCUUCCUUGAUGGCCAAAGUAGUUAUAGUGGCUCAGACAGCUCGCGCCCUCCAAGCCCAGAGAGAAGCAAUGCCGAUCAGGAAAAUCCAUCUCUCAAGAGAGGAGAUGGAGCUGUAGGAGGCAUUGAAGGUUCUGAGGGAGAAGCUGUCUCGUCUAUCUUUUCCUCCCCUUUGGCCUGUGGUGUGUCUGCUCCAACGCCCUCUACGGGUCAGUUCUCAUCAAGUCCCAUCCAGAAUGGAUACUUCCGGGACUGCAGCCUUGGCAGCAUUGGUAGUCCUCUGUUCCCUGAUAGGUCCUCUCCUGCUGGCCUCAUCUCUCCCACAGUUUCUCCUAUUGUUGCACAUGCAACACGCACACCUGUUGGCUCAGCUGAGAAGAACCAGGUGAGCAGUUUGACCCCACAUGGUGCUCCCCUGGACAUGGUCACUUCCUGCAACGAGAGUCCAUUUGUUGAGGGUUGUUCUCCCAUUCGUAGCUGCUCCCCGUACCAGCUCUAUUGCCACAAUGAACCCCAGCGCAGUUCUAGACCCAAGCCGAGACCUAGAGGCCGCUGCUGGGCUUCCCCUCCCCUCAUCUCCCCAAUCCUCAACCCUAAGCUCCCAGACAAUGAGGUAGCUGAAGAACACCUCCCCUCUGCCACUUGCUCUUCUCUUCCCCCUAUGGAACUAGAUCCAUCUUCACUGCUGGCACAAGACUCUCACCCCAUUAAUACUGAGAGAGUUAGCCUGGAUCCUAUGGAACCUGUGAAAAUGGAGGAAAGCAAGGAGACAGAAAAUCAAAGGAGGAUUGAGUAUGAAGAGGAUGAUGGUGGGCAGCUGACCAGCUCUCGUAUGGGCAAUGCAUCAGUAACAGAAAGCUCUCACAUGUUUGUGUCUCUCCUGGCAGACGGAAGCAGCAUACGUUACGAUUCUAGCAUGCAGGUGGACAGCGGUUAUAACACUACCUCAGCGGUCAGUCUUAUUGAUGGCCUCAACAAAGAGUAUGACAGCAAAGAGUCCUUCACUUCAAACAUGACAGAAGAGGCCUUCCAGGUCACUCGACACACUAAAGUAAAGGUGUUUUUUCCUCAGCACUGACCACCACUUGAUACAUGGAAUUAAAGGGAUCCCUCUUCUAGUGGAAACAUUCCCUGAUUAUUUUGCAAUCAAAUACAACAAGGCUUACACUGUCCGAAGCAUUUAUGGUAUAUUUAUUUGGUUAGAUUGAAUGGUGUUAACAGUUAUGAGGUAUGAAUACAACCAUGGGGUUUCACAAGUGGUUAUUCUUUUUUUAAGGUUCAAGUUACUAGACUGGAAGCAGAGUUUCUUUUAUCACAGGUUAUCAAAGGGAAGUCUAAUUCAGACUGAAAGCUGUACUUUUGGAUCCAGCGUAAAACUAUCAAGUCUUUAUCGAGCUUGCACAACAACAACCUUCAUGAAUGCUGUAUUGUUAUUUGGUGUUCAAUACAUCUUGACUUUUGGAUGACAUCAGAUCUGAACUGUAAUUAUGAUUUUUUAUGAAACUUUAUCAUGGUGUUUUGAUAUUAGGAGUUGUUUUUAAUUCCACAGUCUGCACUGAAUAAUGCCACUAAUGAAUUAAAAGCCGACUGAGCCUUUUAUUUUUUUUGCCAUGUUUCUAAAAGUUAAAUUCAAUUGCUGGAUUGUUACAUUAAAUUGUAUUUAAUUUUUGACU